ACGGUUUUUGUGUUUUCGAUUCUUUGUCGGGAGAUUCCCGCAAUUUAGCAAACGUAUUUUUUGUUUUGGUUUAGGAUUUUGGUGUGCAACUUUUUAUGUACAAGCUAAUACGACGUCAACCAAUUUUGUUUAUGUACCUAGUACCUGUCAAUGUGCCAUCUGUGUACAGUGUGUUACGUGUAAAAUUCAAGAGAAAUAUCGGCCCUGCAGCCAAGGUUGCUGCAUGUGUUUCUUAUAAUAUACAUGAAAUAUUCAUUGUGCGCUUAAGAAGACGCAGCUGUUCUGUGCUUCGUCUUUUAUACUAAACUUCAGCUAUGACUGAGAAAAAACAUCUGAUUGAAUUGAAGACCAUUGGCCCCUAUAUUAUCCAUGAUUUUGUGGAGCAGGGCAACGUAGGAGCUAUCAGAGAUGUGCUUUUAAAACACCACGAUUUCGUUGAUCAGAAAAAUGAUGCCGGUUUAACUGCCCUGCAUUUAGCAUGCAAACGUGGGCAUGAAGAAAUUGUGACCACUCUAAUUGAGCAUGGGUAUAGUGCAAUGGUAAAGGACAAUGAUGACUUUACUGCAUUGACGUAUGCUUGCAGGGGAGGCCACCUUGCCUGUGUGAUGGUUUUAAUGCAGUUUAGACCUAAUAUUGAACAAGCUGAUGUGAAUGGUUGGACUUGUCUCAUGUGGGCUGUGUAUAAAGGCCACCCUGAAGUUGUAAGACACCUCUUGCAAGAAGGGGCUAAUGUACAUGUCAGUGUCUCAUACAACAUGACCUGCCUGCUGUGGGCUGCUGGGCGUGGCUUUUUGGAUAUCGUUAAAAUGCUCCUAAUUAAAGGUGCGAAGGUAAACCAUGCUGAUAAGUUUGGAAGUACGGCACUGGUGUGGGCUUCUCGGCGCGGUUAUUGUGACAUAGUACAGUAUUUGCUUAACAAAAAGGCUGACCCAAAUCUAGUCGGCGCUAAUGGAUGCAGCAGUUUAAUUGUGGCCAUGAAAGGUGGCCAUGAGGCUUGUGUAAGAAUUUUGCUGUCAAAUUCAAGGCUUAAUGUCAACCAAGCGGAUAGAGAAGGCCAAACUACACUCAGUUACGCAACUAAAUCUGGUACAGAUGAAAUAGUGAAUGAAUUACUGGAGCAUGGGGCAUAUCUUAACAUUACAGACAACCAUGGAGAUACGCCACUAAUUAAAGCAGUGAAGCACACAAGGUUAAACACUGUGCGUGUAUUACUGGCCAGAUUCGCAGAUGUAAAUAUACAAGGCAAAGAAGGAAAAACAGCUCUGCACAUGGCUUGUACAAUGGGCUCUAAUGCAAUUGUACAGGAGAUUUUAAACUGCUCACCAGAAUUGGAAAUACAAAAUGAAACGCGCGAAACUGCCCUUGUAUGUGCUAUCAAGCAGGGCAACUUUUUGAUCAGUGAAAUGCUAGUUAACCAUGGUGCAGAUGCGGGGGCACGUGAUGCAAAUCAUGACACCACACUCCACCUUGCCCUAAAGCUCAACAACAUUCAACUAAUCGAAUUACUGCUAAGAGACCCAAAGAACGGAAAACUGCUAUACCAACCAAACAAGCUAGGUGAAACACCAUAUGAUAUAGACGCUGCUAGCAGCAACCAUUUGCUUUCACAGAUUUUUGGAUCAAAGGGUUUUUCUGCCUUUGCUGCUUCAAAUAACAUGCAUUUUGAUUUAUACAGCUGCGCAGUAGCGGAAAUGCUAACAGAGCCUUCGUUUGAAACUCCUAUCUGUAUUGGUUUGUAUGCAAAGUGGGGCAGCGGAGUGUCUUUUGUUCUAGAUAAAAUAAAACAACAAAUCAACCUCUUUACAAGUUUCUUACCCCACCAACCACUACAACUAUCAUGGGACAUAUACUUUACCAUUGUGUUCCUAUCUGCAUUCGCAGCCAGCAUUUUUGCCUUUGCUUUUCACAACCGACUGAUUGCAGGCUUGACAACAUUCUUUGUGCUAUUCGGAAUCCCUUUCAUAUUCGGCAUGUUCGUUUACAUAGGAACUUCAUCUUUUCAGUGGAAAUGGACUGUAUCGUCAAACCAUUACAUGAAGAAAAAGUGGUCCUACUUCAAAACAAUACAAAUCCUUCUCUUCUACAGCAGCUACAAAAAAUCCAUGGGCAGAGUUCGGUUCAUUUUUAACCCCACUUUAAAACUGUCAUCUGUAAAAGAAGAAGACGUAGUGAAUGACCAAGUGGCUUCCCUUACUUCUGUAAUAGAAAACUCCUUGGGAAGUAUAACCUUUCGAAUAGCAAGAGGCCUUGAAUUCAACCAUAGCAAUAGUGUAAAAGUCGCCCGGAAAUUUUGCUGCGUUCCUGUUUAUCUAUGGGUAGUUUUCUCUCUACUCUGCAUAAACGCUAUUGUUCUUUUAGUCCUCUCACUUCAUGGUCCUGCCCCUAUGUAUUCUGCAUCUUACAACGCAACAUCUGUUGGUUACAGUGACCCAAGACAUAUAUGUAUCUUCUUAUUGUCCUCAAUUGUUGCUCUACUACUUCUAGCUGCAACACCCACUCUAAUAAAGGUAAUCAGCUCCUUACUGACCAACCCAAAAUCUCUUAGAGCCUCUAGGAGCCAAAAGUUACAAAGAAAAAGCAUCCACAAAAUAUGCUCAGGGCUAAGAGCAGUAGAUUAAUUCACCAACACACAGUCAAGGAUUUGCAUUCUUGUAAAUGGCUUGGAGUCCCACAACUGCAAACUCUUUCUGCGAUUUUUCAACUCAAAUCACCUUCUGUUUUGUGUACCACCUAUCAUUACUAUUGUAUGUAUUGAUAACAAACUGUUUAACAUUGCCCUUGACAAAUCGUUUGAAGAGUUUGAAAUCAAUGGAAAAGACUGGCUUCAAACCGUGGUUCAAUUGCCGGUAUUUCUUUCGGAAAAACUGCGAAAAAAGAAAUUUUUUCAAACCCCCGAUAGCGAAACUGACUCUGAGUUUAAAUACAAUCGUAACCGCCGUAAAAGUCACCUUAAAAAGUUCGACUUGGCAAGAUGGAUGUCAUCGGACGACUGUUUCCAGCCUAUUACGCCACAAAUCUUAAGACGUAUCACCGUAAUACAGUCUCUGACUGCUCGCAUGCUUCGUGCAAGAGGAAAGGAUUUCUUAUGGAGCAAUUUAUCUGCUUGGAUAAUCCUAACUGAAGUGUGGCCGUACACAGUCAUGUGUUUGAUAUGCUACGUCGAAAAGGUUAAAGUAGCUCCUAGUAGACCAUUAAAGUCUGUUUACUUUGAGUUAGCACAGCAUUACCCACUUUCAAACAGUGUAGACAGUGGAGACGCUGAAUCACUGCUGAAUUAUUUAUCCUCAAAAUGUUCUUCAAUUCUGAUCCAGGACAUCAUUAAUUUCAUUCCUGGAACAAUAAAUCUUGAUCCUAAGCUGGAGGAACUUACUCCUAACUUCCACAACACAGGGAGUAUGGUGUCCUCCGCUAGUAGUGUGAAACUCACGCUAAAAACCUCAGACUCGAACCUGAGUUCUGUAAUGGCAGGAGCAAGCAUGCCUUGUUCAGAUUGGACAGUAGAAGACGUCUGCUACCAUUGGAAAUGCAUUCCAGGCCUUGACAAGCGGAAUUUGCUGAAAUAUGAGAAAUUUAUCACGACCAACAACUUCAAUGGGCUGGUGCUCGUCUCCUGCGACGUGGGAGAACUCAAACAAGAACUGAAUACCUCAUUUGGUGAUUGGUGCUUGAUAAAGAAAUUCCUCUUGUAUCUCAAAGGACGCACUGCUGCGCCAAGGGUGCUGGCUAAAACAGUAUCAUUUUCUUCAGCUACCGAAAACGAGGCGAAAGAAAGUGACACGGAACCGGUUAAAACUGGCUCUGAACCGCUUUUGCAUUUGGGAACUUUGGCGAACAGUGACAGGGUUGCUUACAAUGAAGCGUUCAAGGAAUACCUGAAACUGCAGUGCCAUAACUCGCAAUCGACUUUGGACAACGAGCCGCGUACGACUGCACACAGUAAUCAAACCAUGGAUGGUGAAAAUGUGCCUUUGAUGGCAAAUCAAUGUGAUAUCAAUGGAAACGCUUGAAAAUCAUGCCUUUUUAAAUAAAGUACAUUAUUGAGAAUUGUAAUUUUUCAGCAGUUGUACAUUUUCUUUUAUUAAUUGUGUUUUCAGCUUCUGUAUAUUUUCUUUUACUAAUUGCAAUAUGUAUUGCAAAUUUUUAAUCUCCGUUUAGUACUGUGGGGGAAGAUGGGAAACCUUUAGUUCAUAAUAUCCAAAUAACCUGAUUGUGUUUUAAAUAAUUAACAACAGUCUAUAGGAGUUGUGAGAAUGCAGUUUUAUAUUUCUUUAAAUGUUCUUUGUUUACUACAAAAUGGAACGAAAAAAAAUUGAAAACGUGUCCCAUCUUCCCCCACCCUACUACACUAUGUAUUUGCAAAAAAUCUGUACAUUGUUUCAAACUAAUCAUGUUAUUUUAGUUAUGCAAAUGUUGCUUGUUUAUGCUUUAUGCAUUCAUUGGUGCACUGACCGACACAUAGUUGUGGCGUUCUGUAUGUGAUCAGCUUUGGUACUGUGUUGGUUUGCUGUUUUGAUUUUCUGACCAAUUGCAAUUUUUAUGACUCUUAUAUUGCUUAAACAUUCCGCAUAUCACGAAUCAUGACUAUUUUUCACCGACACGAAAUCACGAAUGAUUUAUCACAAUGAAAUUGUAUAAAAUUUACGAAACCGCUUUAAAA